UGUGUACAAGCGUUGCAAGCUGUUUGUCGCACUCAUUUCUUAUCCCUACGUCAUCGUAGGGGGUCGCGGAAGAAUACUGUGUGCUGCUACCUUUAGUUUUUAGUUUCCCUUCCUCAAAAAAUUCGCCGAAAAAUCUACAGAAAGAACUUCUGCGUCCUUUUGGAGGUUUCGUCGGUCAAUCAACAAGAUGGAAGACAAGAUGUCGGUUUUAGAAGAGCUUGGGAGGACGAGUAAAGGCCGACUGCGGUACUGUAACGGCCCGGGUGACGCGGGGUGGCUGGGGCGGCUUGUGGUGAGGAUAGACGAUGUGGACCAGGUACUGUCUGCGCUGGAGACAGAGCUACAGAACGAGCGAAAUGGGGAAGCAAACAGUCAGCAGGGACUGUCUUCUCCCAACACAUCACCACAGAGGGGCUCUCAACUUACAGGACCAAGUGGUUCUACUAGCGUCAAAACAACUCAGGAAGACAUGCGUCCAAAAAACAUUACACCACCACCCAGUGGCUCUCAACCUACAGGAUCAAGUCCUACUACUACUAGCUCCAGAACACCUCAGAACAACAUGCGUCCAAAUGUCACACCACCACCCAGAGACUCGAUGGAGAAUGGAGAAAACAACGUCGUCAGGGCGCAUAUGCGUCCAAAAACUACACCAGCAAGAGUUAGUGACUCGAUCAAGAAUGGAGGAAACAAUAUCAGGGCACAUAUUAGUCCCAAAAUGACACCACCCAGGGUUAGCGACUCGAUGGAGAAUGGAGGAAACAACGUUAACGUCCGGGCGCAGCUGCAGAAAACUGUCUGCCUGUACGAACAGGAACGACAGGAGACUGUACGGGAGACGGUGGGGAAACAACGGGUACAGGUGGAGCAGCAGAUAGCAGGCCUGUGGCAGCAGGUACAGCAGCAGCUGUCCAUCUUGCAGGACCAGCACAGACUGGACAGCAGGAGACAGCAGGACAAGGUCAACAACCUCCUGCUGCAUCACGGAGAGAGGAGCCAGCAGCGGAUACAGCAGUUAGAGGAGGACCACCGGCAGAGGGCCAGGCACUUAGACGCUCAGCUACAGGAGGCCAUAGUGAGACAAACCCAGCAGCAGCGCAGGAAGCAGGCGUACGCGUUAGAGAAGCUACGGCAGCUGAUUAAACAGCAGGAAGAGUCCAACGCUGCUGCCCAGGCCAUGACAACUCUGCUGACUAACUUUGGUCAGAAAGACGCUCUCCCAGCGGACGUGCUAAACGACGCACACAGGGCCGUCACGUUAACGUCCAACCUUACAAGACAGGUGUCAGCGGCCAGUGAAGCCGGGGGAACGACAGACCAGGUGCUGCAGCUGGCUCAAACCACCCUCGCCGAGGUCAAGGCCAUCCAGGCGAGGGUGGUUCAGGCGGUGGAGAAAGCUCGAGAGGAGGCGAGGAAAGCCGAGGAGGAGAAGGCACGGCAGGAACAGGAGCGGGCUCGGGCACAGGCAGCUGAACAGGAGAAACAAGCAGCACAGAAACAGGCAGAGAAGGCUGCAGCCGAGAAAGCAGUGGCUACAAAAACUGCGUCUUCAGCUAAAUCAGCAGCUGACGCCAAGGAGGCCUUUCUAACCACGUACACACAAACUAUCAAGAGGUACAGGGAACUGCAGACCAACCUAGACAACUGUGUACAGUCCUACCAGCCGCUAGCCAAGUCUACAGACUCGCAGUUGAAGAAGUACGCGUUUGACCUGCAGAAGGCAGUGAACACUCCGCUGAACGCCAUCUCCUCCCACUCUGCUAGUCAUGUCACAGACAAGCUGAAGCGACUGUGUAAGCUGCUGCAGGGUCAGCAGGUUGAGGUGAGCGACAAGAGGAUCUCCACGGCCAGCCAUCCCCUCGCACUGCCCUUCUGUAAGGAGCUUCUCGCCAGGAAGUUCAUGAAGCAGGGUGUGGAGCAGAUCGCUUCGAACCACGAGUCUGCGUUCCCGAUCGCAGCAGUGGCGGUCGGGGUGUGGAUGGAGUUUCCAGAUGUGGGGGAUCUCCUGUUGGCACAGUUCCACCGGGCGUGUCCCUACAUCGUGCCGUUUUACCCUCCGCGCAUGGACGGGCAGACGGACGAGGACUUCUACAAGUCGAAGGGGUACGUGUAUAAGGAUGGGACUGUGGAGAAACAGGACAAGUUCCUGAAGCGAAUGUCCGGCAUCAUGCGGCUGUACGCGGCAAUCGUACAGACCGACACCGGGUCCCGGAGGCACCCUCACGGCGCCGCGCACGGCUGGUGCUGGUUAUCCUCCGUCAUCAACCUAGACCCCGAAACGGACGUCACCGCCACACUGCUGUACGACUUCCUACAGGUUGCCGGCCAUGCGCUGAUGAAGGCCUACGGGAAACAGUUCCACAAACUGCUGCACAUCCUGUGUAGAGACUACUUCACUCAGAUCCAGGCAGUAACAGGAGCCGGACAGGGGGGGCCUGUUUCCAGACUAAAGGGGCUGCUGGAGGAGUGUAUCAAAACUCAGAGGAUCCCUGCUCCUAAAGGGAUGUUGACCUCUGUUUUCUGGACAUCAUAACACAAUGUAGAAGUACCGGCUUUAAAGAUACAGAUACAAAUUGUACUAAAAGAAGCCACAGAUACACAUCUACGGCAGUAAACUAGGCUUGAGCCUAUACCUGCUGCCAAUCCAGGCUAAAGGGGCUGUUAGACAAGUGUAUCAAAACUCAGAGGAUCCCUGCACCUAAAGGGAUGUUGACUUCUGUCUUUUGGACAUCAUAACACAAAUUGUAGAAGACAGUACAAGCUUUACAAGCUUUUAGAGAUACAGAAUCGGAUGCAAAUUGUACUAAAAGCCUGUCUUCUGCACAUCAUAAUAGUAUUACAAAUUGUACUAGAAGAAGACACACAGGGCUCGAAAGUCAUUUUAAGGGAAUAGGUGCACUGGUGCACCCAACCUAAAAAUUAG